CAUGUCAACUCAAUAGUCAUAUCUUCCUUAAUUCCUUCACUCUAUCUUUCUUCAUUCUUCAUUCUCCAUUCUCUUGCCCUAUUUACCAAUUACCAUCUCUCAACAAACUAAACUAAACAAAACCAAAUCAAAUCAAAUCAAUGGACACCGCCACCACCAACGAUCCAGCCGCCGCAGCCGCCCCGAGCCGCUACGAGUCUCAGAAGCGGCGCGACUGGAACACCUUCGGACAGUUCCUGAGGAACCAGCGGCCGCCGGUGGAGCUCCACCGCUGCACCGGCGGCCACGUGCUGGAUUUCCUCCGGUACUUGGACCAGUUCGGGAAGACCAAGGUCCACCUCCAGGGCUGCCCCUUCUACGGGCAGCCCGACCCCCCUGCCCCCUGCGCCUGCCCGCUCAGGCAGGCGUGGGGCAGCCUGGACGCACUGAUCGGGCGGCUGCGCGCCGCCUACGAGGAGCACGGCGGGCCGCCCGAGGCGAACCCCUUCGCGAGCGGCGAGAUUAGGGUUUACCUGAGGGAGGUGAAGGAGUUUCAGGCAAAGGCGAGGGGGGUUUCUUUUAAGAAAAAGAAGAAGACUAGGAAAAUGGAUGAUCAGUCGACUUCCUCUACGACGCCGUUUUCGUGAGAUUUUCGAUCUAUUUUUGAGGGAGAGAAAAGCACACAUACAUAAUGGGAAUCCAGUGGAUCGACCAACCCCACUGCCAGUUCAUUAGGAUCGAAAAGCUCCACUAAAUUCAGUCUAUGAAGCUAUGGCCGAUACCAAGGGUUGGGUGAACUUUCGUUCAUAUGUUACUUUAGUGUGUCUGAUCUGUAGACACAGUAAUACUAUGUGGCAAGAUCCCCCACCAAAUUGAGUAGCUCUUGUAUUUGCAUGUCAGAUUUCCAUUUCUUGAGCAUCUUUUGAGAUUGUGGAAGAUCUUUUGCCCCCACAAAUAGUCAAUUGUGAUAGAGGGUAUAUGUUAAUUAAAUCAAGAAUGUGACACAAAUUAUUAUA